CUUUUCUUCUCUUUUUUUUUUUUUUUCUUUUUUUAUUCUUUUUUCUUUAUAGACAAUGUUACAUUUACUUGGUGUCAAUUUACCCGAUCGUAAAUUAGUGAGUACUGCUUUACAAUACUUUUAUGGCAUUGGUGAACCCACAGCGUUGAAAUUGUGCGAUCAACUUGCAAUUCCCAAAAAUAUCAAGAUUGCCGAACUUAGUGAAUCACAAAUCAACAAUUUGACAAACACAUUGGCUAGUAUGACCAUUGAAACUGAUUUGAAACGACAAAUCCGUGAACAUGUCAUGCAUCACCGUAAUAUCAAUGACUAUGUAGGCCGACGACAUGCCAUGAGUUUACCUGUACGUGGACAACGAACAAGAAACAAUGCAAAGACAUCAAAGAAACUGAAUGGUCGAUGGGUACAACGUCGUGGUUUUACUUCAUGGUCUGAAUCUCAAAGUCCUUUGGAACGAUUCAUGGAAAAACAAUUCUUGUGAACAUCAUUUUAUAUAUCAAUUCUUUCUCGUCUAACACACAUACUUUUACAUACAUACAUACAUACGUAGUACUAUCUCCUUUUUUUUUUUUUUUGUAUCUUGUCCUCUUCAAAUAUUUACCUGGUAUAUGCAUACUCUCUCUCUCUCUUACUUGACAUCGUACCAUUCUUUAUGUAUUCUUAUAGACAACUUCUUUCUUUUUUUUAUCCAUCAAAUCAAUAAAUGUCAUAUAUUAAAGAUAUGUUUUGGAUAUAUACACUUAUUGUAGAAGAUAGGUAUUUCUGGUGAACGUAAUGAUGUAUAGGGAUGGAUGAAUAGUAAGUAAUCAUGAUUGCUGAUGAUGAUGAUAACAGACAAUGGAUCAAAUAGGAUCGGUGGUAAAUACUAGACGAUUAAAUGAUGAGAAAAAG